AUGGUGCCUAACUUCUGCGUCCCAGUACUCACUGUGCCAGCAGCCAUCCUCUGCUGCUUGAUGCUGCCUUUAGCAGGAGCAGACAGCAAACCAACGUUUAUGAAAGCUCCUGAAGAUCAGAUUGGGAUUUCUGGAGGAGUGGCCUCUUUUGUGUGUCAGGCAACAGGAGAGCCCAAACCUCGUAUCACAUGGAUGAAGAAGGGGAAGAAAGUCAGUUCUCAGCGGUUUGAGGUUAUUGAGUUUGAUGAUGGAUCAGGAUCAGUUCUGCGGAUACAACCCCUGCGUGUUCAUCGAGAUGAAGCUAUCUAUGAGUGCACAGCAACCAAUAGUGUUGGGGAGAUAAACACGAGUGCCAAAUUAACAGUGUUAGAAGAAGACCACCUCCCAGCUGGCUUCCCAACCAUUGACAUGGGCCCGCAGCUGAAGGUGGUGGAAAAGGCCCGCACAGCAACAAUGCUCUGUGCUGCUAGCGGUAACCCUGAUCCUGAAAUCUCCUGGUUCAAAGACUUCCUGCCUGUCGACACUGCAACUAGCAAUGGGCGAAUCAAGCAGCUCCGCUCGGGUGGUACACCGAUCAGAGGAGCUCUGCAAAUAGAGAACAGCGAGGAGUCAGACCAAGGCAAAUACGAAUGUGUUGCAACGAACAGUGCAGGAACCCGCUACUCUGCCCCAGCUAACCUUUACGUUCGAGUGCGGCGUGUUGCUCCUCGAUUCUCUAUCCCUCCGAGCAACCAUGAGGUGAUGCCUGGGGGGAGCGUGAACCUCACGUGCGUGGCAGUAGGUGCUCCAAUGCCCUACGUGAAGUGGAUGGCUGGUGUGGAGGAGCUGACCAAAGAGGAUGAGAUGCCUGUCGGCAGGAAUGUCCUGGAGCUGAAUAACAUCAUGCAGUCUGCCAACUACACCUGCGUGGCCAUCUCCUCCCUCGGCAUGAUCGAAGCCACAGCCCAGAUCACUGUCAAAGCACUGCCAAAACCUCCAACAGAGCCAUUAGUGACUGAAACGACAGCUACCAGCGUGACCCUCACCUGGGAUUCGGGCAACUCCGACCCCAUUUCAUAUUAUGUCAUCCAGUACAAGCCCAAAUCCUUGGAGGGUCAGUUCCAGGAGGUGGAUGGUGUGGCAACAACCCGCUAUAGCAUAGGUGGCCUUAGCCCCUUCUCGGAGUAUGAGUUCCGGGUCAUCGCAGUCAAUAACAUUGGCAGGGGUCCUCCCAGUGAGCUGGUCGAGGCCCGGACAGGAGAGCAAGCUCCUUCAAGUCCACCCCUCAAAGUCCAGGCACGAAUGCUGAGUGCCAGCACCAUGCUGGUCCAGUGGGAGCAGCCGGAGGAGCCAAACGGACAGAUCCGAGGGUACCGCGUUUACUAUACCACCGACCCACAUCUGCCUUUGAGCAUGUGGCAGAAACACAACACUGAUGACAGCCACCUCACCACCGUGGGGAGCCUCAUCACAGGGACCACAUACAGCAUCCGCGUCCUGGCCUUUACUUCGGUGGGCGAUGGGCCCCCAUCGGACAUCAUCCAGGUCAAAACACAGCAAGGGGUUCCCGCCCAGCCAGCUGACUUCCAGGCAGAAGCAGAGUCUGAUACCCGCAUCCUGUUGACGUGGCUGCCCGCCUCUCAGGAACGCAUUACCAAAUACGAGCUGCUGUACUGGGAAGGGGAGGAUGGCACUCAGCAAAAGGUGGAGUUUGACCCAACCUCCUCGUACGCUGUGGAAGGUCUCAAACCAGACACGCUGUACAAGUUUCGUCUGGGUGCCCGCUCAGAGCUGGGGGUAGGAGUCUACAGCCCCACGAUCGAAGCCAGAACUGCCCAAUCCACCCCCUCUGCCCCACCCCAAGAAGUCGAGUGUGUAAGCACCAGCUCCACUACCAUCCGGGUAAGUUGGGUGCCACCGCCUGCCCAGAGCCGCAAUGGGGUCAUCACCCAGUACUCCAUUGCGUACCAGGCAGUGGAAGGAGAUGACAACACCAAGCAUGUGGUGGAUGGCAUUGGACGGGAGCACUCCAGCUGGGAGAUCAAGGACCUGGAGAAAUGGACCGAGUACAAGGUGUGGGUAAGGGCUCACACCGAUGUGGGGCCAGGACCGGAGAGCAUCCCUGUGCACGUACGCACUGAUGAGGAUGUGCCCAGUGCCCCACCGCGAAAGGUGGAGGUAGAGUCUGUGAAUUCGACUGCCAUCCGAGUGAGCUGGAAGCUGCCCAUCUCCAACAAGCAGCACGGGCAGAUCCGCGGGUACCAGGUUACAUACGUGAAGCUGGAAAACAACGAGCCCCGAGGGCAGCCAGUGAUCAAGGAUGUCAUGCUGUCGGAAGCACAGUGGAGAGCUGAGGACUCCGUCGACCAUGAGACGGUCAUUGGAGGCCUGCUGCCAGAAACCACCUACUCCGUCACAGUCGCUGCCUACACCACCAAGGGGGAUGGUGCCCGCAGCAAGCCAAAAGUCAUCACCACCACAGGGGCAGUCCCGGGGAAGCCCACCAUGAUGAUUAGCACGACAGCCAUGAACACAGCCCUCAUCCAGUGGCACCCACCCAAGGAGAUGGUAGGGGAGCUGCUGGGUUACCGGCUGCAGUACAGACGUCUUGAUGAGGAAAAGAUGAACACGAUAGACUUUGGGAAGAGAGACCAUCACUACACUGUGACCAACCUGCACAAGGGGGCCACGUACCUCUUCAAAUUGUCUGCCAAGAACAGAGCUGGCCCAGGAGAGGAGUUUGAGAAGGAGAUCACUACUGCAGAAGAUGUGCCAAGCGGCUUCCCACAGAACCUGCGCGUGGUGGGUCUCACCACUUCCACCACAGAAGUUGCAUGGGACCCCCCGGUCUUGGCAGAAAGAAACGGCAAGAUCGUCAACUACACAGUGGUAUACAGGGACAUAAAUAGCCAGCAGGACCUGCUUAACAUCACCAAGGACACAAGUAUCACUUUGACGAAUUUGAAGCCUGAUACCACUUACGACAUCAAAGUGAGGGCCCGCACCAAUAAGGGGGUUGGGCCACUCAGCCCCAGCAUCCAGUCCCGGACCAUGCCUGUUGAGCAAGUGUUUGCUAAGAACUUCCGCGUCAAUGCCGUCAUGAAAACAUCUGUGUUGCUGAGCUGGGAAGUGCCUGACUCCUAUAAAUCUGCAGUGCCUUUUAAGAUUCUGUACAAUAGCCAGAGUGUGGAGGUGGAUGGCCACUCAAUGAAGAAACUCAUAAGUGACCUCCAGCCAGACACGGACUAUUCUUUUGUGCUAAUGAACCGUGGGAGCAGUGCUGGGGGUCUCCAGCAUCUCGUCUCAAUCCGCACCGCUCCUGACGUCUUGCAAAGCAAACCCAUUGCCACAAACAAGUACAUACAGGAAGGAAAAUUCACGCUCACCCUCCCCAAAGUCCAGACCACUGUGCCGGUUAGGUGGUACUACAUCGUGGUUGUGCCAGCGGAUCAGAGCACCAGCAGCCCGACUGCUCGGUGGCGGACACCUGAUGAGAUGGAGCUGGACCAGCUGCUGGAGGCCAUAAGCCAAGGGAGUCAGAGCAGGCGCCAGCGACGCCAAGCAGACAGACUCAAGCCCUACAUUGCUGCUCAAGUGGAUGUGCUGCCCGAGACCUUCACCCUGGGGGACGAGAAGAACUACAAAGGUUUCUACAACAAGCCCCUGUCUCAAGAUCUCAGCUAUCGCUGCUUCGUGCUGGCCUCACUGGAGGAUGGCGACACGAAGAGAUAUGCAGCCAGCCCCUACUCAGAUGAGAUCGUGAUGGAAGUGGCUUCAGCAAAGCAGCAGGAUGAACCGGAGAUGCUGUGGGUGAUGGGACCUGUCCUGGCUGUGAUAUUAAUCAUCAUCAUUGUCAUUGCUAUACUCCUCUUCAAAAGUAAACAAGAAAGGAAAAGGGCACACUCCCCCUCUUCCAAGGAUGAGCACUCCAUCGGCCUGAAGGACUCGCUUUUGGCCCACUCCUCUGACCCGGUUGAGAUGAGGCGGCUCAACUACCAGACUCCAGGUGCCAGUGUCCCCAGUUGCCCGAAUAUCUCAAGCAUGCGUGACCACCCCCCCAUCCCCGUGACAGAUCUCGCCGACAACAUUGACAGGCUGAAAGCCAACGAUGGGCUGAAGUUCUCCCAGGAGUAUGAGUCCAUUGAUCCAGGGCAGCAGUUCACAUGGGAGAACUCCAACCUGGAAGUGAAUAAACCGAAAAACCGCUAUGCAAACGUGAUCGCCUAUGACCACUCACGUGUCAUCCUGACCUCCAUCGAUGGGGUCCCAGGCAGCGAUUACAUCAAUGCCAAUUACAUUGAUGGGUAUCGGAAGCAGAACGCCUACAUCGCCACGCAGGGACCUCUGCCAGAAACCCUCAGCGACUUCUGGAGGAUGGUGUGGGAACAGAGAACAGCAACUAUAGUCAUGAUGACCAGGCUGGAGGAGAAGUCCAGGGUAAAGUGUGACCAGUACUGGCCGAGCCGGGGUACGGAAACCUAUGGGAUGAUCCAGGUGUCCUUGCUGGACACAGUCGAGCUGGCAACCUACACCGUCCGCACCUUUGCACUGUACAAGAAUGGCUCCAGUGAGAAGCGAGAGCUUCGACAGUUCCAGUUCAUGGCUUGGCCCGAUCACGGGGUACCAGAAUACCCUACCCCAAUCCUAGCUUUUCUGCGACGGGUCAAGGCCUGUAACCCACCAGAUGCUGGGCCCAUGGUUGUCCAUUGCAGUGCCGGCGUGGGCCGAACUGGUUGCUUCAUUGUCAUUGAUGCCAUGCUUGAGCGGAUGAAGCAUGAGAAGACCGUGGACAUCUAUGGCCACGUGACAUGCAUGCGCUCUCAGCGCAACUACAUGGUGCAGACAGAGGACCAAUACAUCUUCAUCCACGAGGCCUUGCUGGAGGCAGCCACAUGUGGCAAUACCGAGGUGCCUGCACGCAACCUCUUUGCUCACAUCCAGAAGCUGACCCAGGUGCCACCAGGCGAAAGUGUCACUGCAAUGGAGCUGGAAUUCAAGCUGCUCGCCAACUCUAAAGCACAUACCUCACGUUUCAUCAGUGCCAACCUCCCGUGCAACAAAUUCAAGAACCGCCUCGUUAACAUCAUGCCAUAUGAGCUGACGAGAGUCUGUCUGCAGCCCAUCCGGGGUGUUGAGGGCUCUGAUUACAUCAAUGCCAGCUUCAUAGAUGGGUACAGGCAGCAGAAGGCCUACAUCGCCACACAGGGACCGUUGGCUGAGACCACAGAGGAUUUCUGGCGGAUGCUUUGGGAGCACAACUCCACCAUCGUGGUGAUGUUGACAAAGCUGCGCGAGAUGGGCCGGGAGAAGUGCCAUCAGUACUGGCCCGCAGAGCGCUCUGCCCGCUACCAGUACUUCGUGGUGGACCCCAUGGCAGAGUACAACAUGCCGCAGUACAUCCUCCGUGAGUUCAAGGUGACGGAUGCCAGGGAUGGCCAGUCACGGACCAUCCGCCAGUUCCAGUUCACAGACUGGCCUGAGCAGGGCGUGCCAAAGACGGGAGAGGGCUUCAUCGACUUCAUCGGGCAGGUGCACAAGACCAAGGAGCAGUUUGGGCAGGACGGACCCAUCACGGUGCACUGCAGCGCUGGGGUCGGGCGCACGGGCGUGUUUAUCACGCUCAGCAUCGUGCUGGAGAGGAUGCGCUACGAGGGGGUGGUGGACAUGUUCCAGACGGUGAAGACCUUGCGGACGCAGCGGCCAGCCAUGGUGCAGACAGAGGACCAGUACCAGCUGUGCUACAGAGCGGCACUGGAGUAUCUUGGCAGCUUCGACCACUAUGCAACGUAACUAGUGCUUUCCUCCAGUCGCGGUGGGGAUGUCUAGGAGUGGAGAUGGGUCCCUCUGAGCCAGAGCUGC